CGGGAGGGACAGAGCCCAGAGCGAGUGAGCAGUCAUCAUGGCCACUUCAGAGCUGAGCUGUCAGGUGUCCGAGGAGAACUGUGAGCGCCGAGAGGCCUUCUGGGCUGAGUGGAAGGAUCUGACGCUGUCCACACGGCCUGAGGAGGGCUGCUCCCUGCAUGAGGAAGACGCCCAGCGGCGGGAGACCUACCACCGGCAGGGGCAGUGCCAGGCGCUGGUGCAGCGAUCCCCCUGGUUGGUGAUGCGGAUGGGCAUCCUGGGCCGUGGGCUGCAGGAGUACCAGCUGCCCUACCAGCGGGAGCUGCCGCUGCCCCUCUUCACCCCCGCCAAGGUGGGCGCCACCAAGGAGGAGCGCGAGGAGACCCCCAUCCAGCUGCAGGAGCUGCUGGCACUGGAAACAGCCCUGGGUGGCCAGUGUAUGGACCGCCAGGACAUGGCCGAGAUCACCAAGCAGCUGCCCCCUGUGGUGCCUGUCAGCAAGCCCGGCGCCCUUCGCCGCUCCCUGUCUCGCUCCAUGUCCCAGGAGGCGCAGAGAGGCUGAGAGGGACAGUGACUCGGGCUCCGCUGUGCCUGCCCUGGGCUGGGCCCUUCCCGGCUAGGGUCACGGAGGGGAGCUGCUGGCCACGGGAGCUUUGUAGUUUGCCCAGAGCUGGGGGCUCGGGGAGGAGGGAGCCAGAGGCCAGGAUGCCUGGGUCUCCUGAGUUCCCAAAGGGAGGGGAGCAAGGACGGUGGGCACUAAGGGUAGAGAGCUGGGGGCCAGCACAGCUGCGUACUCCCAGGAGACAGGGCAGAAGAUGGUGGUUGACGGCAAGAGGUCCCUGAGAGGAGUGACCCCAGUCCAGAUUUCAGCUUCAGAGAAGGAUGAAGAAAACGUGUAAGGGGAUCUGGAAUGCUCUGGGAAGGAGGCCUGGAGAAGACCAGAGAGAGGGGGAUGUGGAGAGGGCAGAAGCAGGGUGGAGCCCCCAGCACCCUCUAUUAGCGCUGCAAUAAAUGCUCAGUCACCUGCCAGA